AGUAUUGGCAAGAAGAGCUCAAAGGCAUCUUUUACCGUGAACUCUACUUGGCGCCUUUUCGGGCCGGGAGAGGUAGGUUGUCCCGAAGUCGGCAUCACCACUGCUACUCGUUGCGAUAUACGAAGGGGAUUAGGGAUUAUGGGCUUGGACAUUAAUUAGUACAGCUCCCGAGCAUUGAAUCACUCUCCGCUCCAGGGCCGGAAGUUCGUUCGGUGUGUGAAAUCCGGGCAUCACAAGGACCGACUCGACUGGAAGGAAUUUGAACCUCCUGAGGCUCUCCAGUUUCAAUUCGCCUCUAUACCUGAGAUAGGGAAAAGAUCAAGUUUUAUAUAACCAGGUCUACUACUGCUACCCUCCCUUGGUUUAGUGGCUACAGCGGAUACUGUGGGAAGAUUCCGUGAAAUCUCUGGGCUGCAAGAGGCAACAUAUUGCUUAUUUUUCACUCGGUAGCGAGCGGUGCGUGGUUUAUCCGGGGUAUUGUAUUCCAACAUAGUAAGUUACAUAAGGUAUAAAUCAUUGAGCGAACAUAAGGUACCGACUGCUAUUAUGCAUGCAAGCGAUAUUUCAAAAGCCAUAAAUACACUGAUCAUACCUCAAACGUAAGAACUUAUCGAGUUGAUCUCAUUGCGGGAAGUUUCGUCGGCUGGGAAUCAGGAUCCUCCCUCCCCUCUGCCCUUGAGCAAUGGUGCGAAAAAUAAAAUCAGGGUACAUCUAUGCAGCACUCAUAGAGUAAAUCCCGCCCCUAUCCUUUGCAAAUUGCAUCGAGGGACCGCUCACUGGGGGAAUAUCUUGGAUCGCUGAAUCAUCUCAGCACUCUCCUUUCGCACCAAUGCGCCCUCGUGAGAAUCAUUCCGCAGCUUCCGGGCCUAGAGCUUAACAUCCCCAAGGAAGCUGCUGACGGCCUCACCAUCUCCAACAUGAAGUGUGACCAUGUCAGUCUGCUUGUGAGACUACUCCUUUGCCCCAUCGUGGCAGAAGGUGAUCAUGGAAGAUGGGUUGUGAGAUUGCACCAUCCUCAGGGAGGAGAUGGAGGACGCGGAUUUGGGCAUCGAACCUGGCCAACAACGAGGAGCACAGAAGAAAUGCUAGGGUAAUAUAUCCACUUUAUGAGACCUAGCAAUGAUUGUGUGGGUUGGACACUGUCGGGUUGCGAUUUCCAGGUCUUAACUCCUUCGGCUGUGCUCCUAGAGUUGGAUUUGGCGGGGAGGGGCUUAUUGUCUGUCUCCUCCUCCAUCUUGAGUUUCUCCUAUAGGAGGAACUUUACCAUUCAGAUGGUACUUGUUGUAUCCAUAAAGCAUUCCGCAUCAGAAAAAGUUUCAAUUGAGGAUCUAUCAAUAUUAUAAUCGUGGAUUGCUAUAAUGCUGGUUGUACGAAUAACUCCUCCUACCCCUCGAUGAUGUCAUUGUGAAGGAUGGCGUCGAGCCUGUGAUUGGUUGAAUUGCAGUCGACUAGUUAAAGUCUUCGAAAAUUCUCCUAGGUCUUGGCAUAUGAAAACAACAACAUUGAUGACAAAACACCAUUAUUACUACGCUAGACAGUAUGAACGACGCAGUUUGUAUACAGAUCUGGCAUGAUGCUCUGGUUAUGAUUAUUUAUUAUCUACGUGCAUUGCUGAAUGAAGAUAUCCUGAUUUCCUAUUUUAGCAAUAUAUUCUAAAUAUAUACGUUGAUGGCUGCCUUACCCCUACCCGAACCCAAGAGAGCCAAUAUCCCCCUGAAUAUUCUAUACGGAGCAUUCCUUGAAGAUAACCCACGCCAUGUAUAGCAGAUCUGCUACAUGUUGGUACCUACCCUCCAGUGAAUUUCCCUAGAGAGUGUCAUUUGAAUUCACAACUAUGAUAUUUCUUUCCUUCCAUCACCCGUCUCCAACAUGGACUGGCUCUAUAAAUAUCAGUGUCCAGUGCAGCGUGUGUGUCUUUUUCCGCCGUUCUCUUCCUUUCGCAACUUCUUCGCAACCACAGGUUCAUUUUUUGAAUAGUUUCAAGCUUUUCUUGGAUACCCUUAUUCCUUUGCUACAGUUUACCAAGGUUCCCUUGUUUAGUAGUUACUCGCCGAAUUAUACUAUAUCAUCAUCUAUUGGAGCAUCUUGAUACCACAUCUAUAAUAAGGCUUUACGAUGGCUGAGAAACAACCUACUACCGCUCCGGCUAUCCCGGUUCCCUCUGCAGGCCAAGUUCCCUCCACGCCAGGAACAAAUGAAGCUGUUACUAGAUCUUUAACUGACAACUCCCUACCCAGAGAAGCAACCAGCAUCCAAGGCGUGGCAGACGAUGUCCUAGCAGAAUACAACGCUGCCCUUGCUGCAGAUCCCUCUCUGCGAUCGGCUACACCAAAUCAAGAGUGGGAAGACUAUGAAACGAUUCUUGCCCAGAACCCUGAGCUCAUGGCCCCUAUCGUGGCUAACAAGACAAAUAUAUUCUACACGUCCAAAAAUAAAUGGGAAUGCGGCCACGAAGGCCCCGAGAUGCCAACAGACAUCGAGAAGGAAACUGACGACGACGACGACGAUGGAAGGGAGUCUACCACUCUUAUUAACGAAUGUCGAGGCCUGUGCCCCGACUGUCUAGACCCUGACACAAACCCAGCUCUGCACAAAGAAACCAUCGUCGACGGAAAAGUGUUCUACAUGUCUAAGGAUAAAUGGGAAUGUGGCCAUGAGGGCGAGGAGAUUCGAACGGAUAUCGAGCAAGAUUCCCUUGACAUCCAAGCUGACAAGCCUUCUGUCCUUAUCAAUGAAGUAAAGGGCAUUUGCCCUACAUGCAUGGACAAGUGGCAUAAGUUGGAAAGCGGGGAUGGGGAGGACGGCGGAGACGAGCGUGGUGGUCCUUCUGCUGGCCCGGCUGGUACAGCUAGUAGCAACCCCCCAACGUACGACGAGGCCCUAGAAGCCAAUGGCCAGUAUGACCAAGAUGAUGAGGAGGAUCGCUUGAUUUUCCAAGUUGGAUUGUUGGAUCUAGAUGAUGGUCCAACCAAAGGUAAAAAUGCUGAGCGCGGCGGUGCUGCGGCUGAAUCCCCUGGAGUAGAGGACGCUACGCCCAGUGGAUCGGGCUCCCGAAUGAAAGCAACUGAAGACGCUGGUUAUGAAACCAGAGCGUCCACGGUCUAUGACGACGAUGAUAACCCUGACGACGGAUACUACAACAAUAACCCUGUCGAUCAGAGGGGCUAUGAUGGUAAUAAGGACGCCAAUUAUCACUCUUCCGGAGGCGAAGAAGAGAUCAGUGGCCGUAAACCCCACGUUGAAAUUGAAAUCGACUCUAAUGCCCAAGUGGCCAUUGAAGUGGAAGUCAAUCCCGGUAUUGACAGUGUCAAAAAUGCUGGGCCGGAGCAGAAGAAGCCUGGCCAAUGAAUGGUCUAUCUACCAGUGAAUAAUUCUGUUGACUUUUGUUGGCAUAUGAAGAGCCAUAAAUCUUUGUUUUUUUUCAUGCACUUUGAUAUUUUGUUUUCUUUUCGGGGAAUUUAGGCUUGCGUCCUGGUACUUUUUUACCUGCGCUGGGUAAAAUAAGUAUCCGCCUGCUCGUUUCUUGUUUCAUUGUUUCAUUUCAUUGUUUGUUUAUUUGGUUUGUUCUCUUUUUCACUUUUUGGCCUUUGGCUUGAACUUGAGACGCCUCGUUCGUAGUUUGCAAGUUCUUACGUUUUACUUGGUUAAAUACACUCGGUUUUACUCGACUUGUUGAAUUUCCCCCCAAUCUCCGUGCGGUCAUUUUAUGCGCUGGGAAAGAUUCCCCUCCCACCCGUCCUGCGCAACCAAAUCAACCCAUGUGAAUUUACGCCAUUACUCUAUGGAAGUAGUUUAUUUGCCUCCAGUGCUGGAGAUCUCGCACCUGCUGACAUGCGACACGCUGUUUUCCAGAUUUGGGGUAUGACAUUUUUCAUUAUCAUACGUUAGGGGAAUAGUUUGACAUCCGGGUUUUGUUAUCAUCGGCAUAUUACAAUAGUUAACUACUUGCUGGCCAUAUUAUUGAUAAGCGUUCACAAAUAUAACCACAAGUUUGUUCACCCCUCAGGUUCCUUUUUACAAAGAAUCGCCCUCCUCGGAGCGCAAUCCUAACCGAAACCAACUUGCUUUCAGAGCCUUGGUAAAUCAAACUAUAAAACAUAUAGAAUAGGUCGAAAAAUGAUCCUUACCCGUAAAAAGAAAAGAAUAAAU